CAUAUGCGAAGCAAAAGGGAAGAACCCAGAGACCGUCUGGUGAUACAAACUGAAUAAAUAUAUUACUUUCCGACGGAAAAAAUACAUCCUUAAUUUGAAUUAUAAAUGAUAUUCAUGCUUUACAUCACACGGGUACCUUAAUGCUAUAUUUAGGGGCCAUAUUGUGUCUGUAUUUGUUUAGCUAGCUGUUAUCACGUCGCUAUCUGACUGCUCCCCAAACACACCGCCUUUGUGGCUAUGAGUACGGAUUUACUGUCUGAUUUGGACACUCGUUUCUUCGCUGAUAACCUCCUGACAAGCGAAGAUUGGGAUGCCUGCCUGUACCAGUGUGAGAGCAUGGAGGAGGGGGAGGACACGGACUUCAGCCGGGGGCUGAAAUAUGAACCUUCGUUUGACAAUGACCUCGUGCUCACCCUUGAUCCUGACAACCCCACGUCGCCAUGGCAACACCUCGAUGACAACCUUCUCACAGGGGAAACUCCUGUGAUUAAAAAUGAAAUGACCAUCACUCAGCCAUUACCAGUGGAAAUGUUGUUCCAGGUGAAAGCAGAGCCUCCCUCCCCUGCAUCCUCACUCGGGUCCGACUGCUCUGCCUUAUCACCUGACCCACAGAUCACAGUUAAAGGUGAAAACCCCCCGACUCCUCCGUACAUGUACGGAGACGUGCUGUCUCCUCCGCUGGGGACCAUGGAGGUCACCGUGGCAACAACAGCUGUACCCCCACCACAGACGCCGUUGACAACACAGAUCCCAGCAGUCAUAAGUGGAAUACAGACGCAGGCGGCAGUUCUGCCAGGUUCGGCCACAUUAAAGGCCAGCACCAUCCUGAGCACUAAACCUCCCAUCCAGCCCAGACCGGUGUGCGUCACCACCCUCCCCGUCCCCCAAACCCCCACACCGGCCAAGACCCUUAUACUGCAGGGCCUCCCCUCCAUGGACCAGAACAGACCUGUCGUCUUGUCUCAGUCCGUCUGCCUCAGUUCAGCCCCGGCCAUCGUUAAAAUGGAGCCUGUCUCUCCCAGCAUCCCACAGCACGGCUCCAGCCCCACAGCUCCGCCCACCAGCAAACCCAUCGUCCCUGCAACGACGACGUUACCCGGCAACAACUCCAACGAUAUUGAUAUGAAGGUGCUGAAGCGGCAGCAGAGGAUGAUAAAGAACCGGGAGUCAGCGUGCCAGUCGAGGAAGAAGAAGAAGGAGUACCUGCAGAACCUGGAGGCUCAGCUCAGGGAGGCCCAGCAGGAGAAUGAACGACUCCGCAGGGAGAACCAGGCGCUGAGGGAGAGGCUGGCUGGGAAAGAGGUGAGGGAAAGAAGGGAAGAUGUGAUUUGUCAUCUUCUUCAUCAACUGUGUCUCCUCCAGACAGAGACAGAAGAUUAGCUCUAUGUGUGAUUUGAAAGACCAGAAUUAGUAAAAUUCAAUUCAUUUUUUUAUUGCUGAGAAGGUAAAGUUAAAAAAAAAGGUACUGUUCAGUACUGGUACCGAAUUCCAGGCACAGUAACCAGUAUGGGUUUAACUGUUAACGGUACCCAACCCUACAUACAUACUUAGUCUGUAGGUAUAUACACACCCAGGCCACUUAGACCUCUUCAACUGCUCGUAAACGCGAAUAGUUAAUCAGCCAAUCACGUGGCAGCAACUCAAUGCAUUUAGGCAUGUAGACAUGGUCAAGACGACCUGC